CUCGAAGAUAAACGCUUGGGUCACGAGAACGCAAAUCCUUCUGACGGCGCUAGGGCUAACAUUUUCAUUGCUGCCGACAGGCCUUCUCGAUAGGAACCGACGGAUCUAGUUGAAGACCGACGAUCACGCACUGCUCGACGACGGAUAGGCUAAACUAGCCGGAUCCAUCUGUAGGCAACACACUUCGCGUCUGCAGAGAACUAGUCUACUGUGUGACAUUCUUGACAUAAGUAGUAGAUGCAUCGAUUGAAGAGAGAUUAUCAACCAGUGAGCGUAUGCAAUAGGUUUUUUGGCUGUUUAUAGCACUCUCGCGUAGCAAAUCGUCCAAUUCCCCACUUCGCUUCAACUACGAGACAGUUUGGUCCCACCAAAGCACGACUUUUUUCCAAACGGUCAUCAUGCGAGUCGCAAUCAGGCUCGCGCUGCUGCUGUGCCUCGUCGCCGUGCUGUCGUCCCUACUGCUCCCCGUCGCCAGCAGCAGCAAUAUCAGUCCCGGCGGGCCCCUUCGCGGUGGGGUCGCAAACGGCGGUGCGAAGACGCCUCCGAACGCUAUUAACGAGGGUGAAGAUGAUGACGAGGAUGAUCUGCUGGAGGUGCUGCAGGAGGUCGGCAAGCUCGGGAACUACAGCUUCUUCACCAACCAACUCUUGACGUCACAAGCGUUUCCCGAGUUCAAAUUACCCAAGCCGCCCAAGAAGGGCAACGGGACGAAGAACGGAGGCGGGUUUCGGCUGAUUAAGAAGAAGCGAACCAUUUUCAUGCCAGUCGACACCGGGAUGAUUCGCGUGACGCUGCAGUCUUACCCGCGCGACGUGGCGAUGAAAAUCUUCAGAUUUCAUAUCGCGAAGGGGAUGCACGAUUUCAUGGAGCUCAAAGCGUUACCAUCUCAAGCAAAGCUGCCGACGUACGAAGGCGGAUUGAUCACGAAAGUUUCGCGAAAGAAUACGAAGCUGAUCGUGCAGCUGAAGGGGAAAGGGUUUAUUCCGACGACGAUUGUAACGGGCGAUUUGCAGCGAGGGCGUAACACCAUCGUACACGGUAUAACGUCCCUCAUGCUUCCGCCCGACUUGUAGCGGAGCUGUCUCAACGCCGCACCCUCGCUUUUCUGAAGCAGAGACGAAGAUUCCUAUUUUCAACUUCCUUCAAAGGGCGUGUCGCCGGGAUCAGCGGAGGGUAAAUAAAGAAUCGUCCAAGAGGACGUGAUACGUGUCGCAUAGACGACGCAUACUAGCUGGAGAUAUCGCACGGGGAGGCAUUAUCAGCCCCACAGGCUUGCUGCUGCGGUUUUCACCAAAUGCAUGAUGGAACCGCUAGGGGUUGCUCCAGUUGUACACCCCUUGCAUGUAACUUUGUUGUAUUAAAAGAAAGCCAUUAUA